AAAAAGUUAAUCGUUUGGAGCAUUACGUUGUAUGAAAAAUCGAACCAACGUAUGGUGGAUAGUACGAGAAUGAAAAUUCGUUGAACUGAAGAUACACUGGUGUAGACUACCUAUCGUAAGAAGUUAUACACCAAUAACAUAUUAGUGGUUGAUGGUGCGAAUUGGUUUAGUCUUAAUCCGCUUGUCACCGAGUGCAGGUCAGCGUGUGAAAGUCCUCUAAUGGCGUCUCAUAUCACGAGGAUAUUAAUCAUCGGUUGGAAACUAGCUAUGUGAAACAUAGUGGUCAAUGUUAAGCUAGUAGUGAAUGAAUGUGUAAUUUUUUUGGUUCAACUGCUGUGAUAUUUAUCUGCAACAAAGUGCAACAAUCUUAUUAGUGCGAGUUCGUUUGCUUUUGUUAAAUAUAUUAUUGUGAUUUGUUAUUUUUAAAAUAAUGCAUCGACACAUGCAAACGUCUACUUAUUGUCUGAUCGGAAAACUUACGAGUGAAACAGUAUACAGAUUAAUGGAAACUGACCAAAAUAGUAACAAAUUUAUCAGAAAGUGCGAUAGUAUAGCAAUUGAACAAAUCGUGAGGCCGAUGCAAUCUCUUCAAAAGCACGCUGCAAUGAAUCACUUCAAGAAAAACCAAAACACGUUACGGCGAGUGACACGGAUGUCUCGUGGUAUCUGCGAUGUAGUAGCAGUUUUGAUCUGCUUCGUUUCGAUAGUACAAACUCGGCCAAACAGUGGUUCCUCACAUACCUACUGGUAUAACAAUCCAUGCCAUCACAACAGCAACCAAAAUUACGAGUUCACACGAUACAGCGUCACCAAAGACGAUAUGACAAGAAUAAAGGAGCAGCUUAACACAUCACUUGGAUCGGUGGAGGAAUCCGUGAAAAACUUCACUACUACAAUAUUCGGCAGCUCAAUCAAGGAUUUUCUCGAUGAAUGGCACAACACUGGUUACAGUUACGUACAAUCGCUACACAAAGGAUUGGUCUCUCCGAGAAAACUUUCCAACAAUUCAAUGGACGAAAUUCUAAAGGACCUUGAGAUGAAAGAGUUAACGUCAGUACACGAAGAGUUUUAUAAACUGAUGAAAGACUAUUUGAAAUAUUAUCGUCGCGUAGCAAAAGCUAUUGAUAUAAUGAAAAACGAAAUUCAAGAAAACCGUAUAAAAUAUGAUCAGGAACGCCUUAUGUUGUUGAAUUAUAUCAGGGAAGAUGUGCGAAUAAAUCUCAAACAAGUGUUGUGUGAAAUAUAUGAAUGCGUACUUAAAAUAGAUCAAGAUUUUGUAUUGAAUAUUAUAAAAGAAGAUGAAGUACUAGAAUGGAAAGAAGAUUAUUCCGAUGAGAUGAACCGACAUCUUCGCGACGGUUUCAUUUACGGAGAUGUUGUCAACACGCUGGAGCACAUUUUACAAUUUAUGCGAGCAUACGAAAAAAUUUGGAACGGUGUAUGAAAAUCUAGAACUGGUGCCUAGCGUUCCUAUCUUGCUUUAUAUUGUAAACAUAGAAAAACAUUAAAUUUUACACGAAGUUUUUGCUUUUAUAUUAUUUAUUUUUCCUUGCGACGCUUAAAGCUUUUAUGUGAUCCACCCAGUUUUUAAAAAACUUUUUAAGUAGUUUGUAAUUUCUAGACCAAAUAUACAAAUUAUCAUGUUAGGGAACAUUGUAAAUAUAGCGAUUAUUGAAACUCAUAAGCUUAAAAAGCCAUGACAAGGUAGCAUUUAGUAACUAGAUAUAAGCUCCAAAAUCCCUCGCUAACCUAUGUGUACACUGUUUCUCCUUAAGUUAGAGAUAGGUUUCAUUAUUUAUUAUAUUUUAAUUAUUUAAUUUAUUCGAAACUAUUUAUGUACAAAGUGAGGAAACAGAAUUUACAAAGCUGCUUGCAGCUUAUAGUGCAUUGAAGUCUCUAGUUUAAUUUAGUCGUCUGAAAGUGAAAAUGCGAACAUCUCUAUUUUACAGAAUUCCAAUUGUAUACUAUCGACGAAGAGGCUUUUAAUGAUAUUUAAAAGUAAUGUUGAAAGCAUGAUUUGAAAGGAUCAAACGGACUUAGUGUAAAUUUGUACAAAACAAAUUGGAAGCCAAAGAAUAAACCAUUUGAAAAACGAUUGAAUGCAGAACCUGAAAUAUACACACUGGAUGAGUCUCUAAUGAAAACAAA